UAGGCUUAGUAAAACUACAGGUUGGAAACACUGCUGCAGCCAUAUUGAACAGACAUUUUGUUUAAAAAAAUAAAUAAUAACGAUUGUUUUUUAUUUGAUUUGAUUACCAUAUUCUAAUGACUAUUUAGCCUACUGAGUCUUUUUACAACUAACUUUGAAAGCGUAUUUUUGGCCUUCAUCAGUAGGCUAAUAAAUUGUAAUGGUCUCAUUUGGUAAACGUGUAAUUAGUGGUUGUAGAUUAGAAUAUCUCUUUUUGAUAGUUUAGAGAUUGUGACAGUGGCAACACAGUUUUGAAGAUGAAGGACCGACUGGAACAGUUGAAGGCGAAAAGUGAUGUGGCUGGGGACGAUGUGGAGGUUCCAGUGGAGAACCAAGCCUUUAUGGAUGACUUCUUCGCCCAGAUUGAGGAGAUUCGCAGCAGCAUCGAUAAGAUAGAUGAGAGUGUGGCGCAAGCAAAGAAGCUGUACUCGACCAUCCUCUCCGCCCCUACAUCAGAGCAGAAGACGCAAGAUGACUUGGAGGCGGUCACCAACGACAUCAAGAAAGCAGCCGGCACCGCUCGCAACAAACUAAAGAGUAUCGAGAAGCAACUUGAGACAAACACAGAGGAACGGUCGUCAGCAGACACGAGGAUCCGGAAGUCCCAGCAUGCCAUCCUGGCCAAGAAGUUUGUGGAGGUGAUGACCAAGUACAACGAGGCUCAGACGGACUUUAGAGACAAGAGCAAAGGCCGCAUCGCCCGGCAGCUGGAGAUCACGGGAAAAACAACAACCGACGAGGAGCUGGAGGAGAUGUUGGAAGGAGGGAACGCAGCCGUCUUCACCGCAGGGAUCAUGGAGUCGGGUAUAUCGAAGCAGGCGUUGAAUGAGAUUGAGGCGCGGCACAAAGACAUUGUGAGGCUGGAGAGCAGCAUCAAAGAGCUUCAUGACAUGUUUGUGGACAUUGCUAUGCUGGUGGAGAACCAGGGCGGUAUGAUUGACAAGAUUGAGAGCAACAUGGACCAAUCGGUGGGCUUCGUAGAGCGGGCGGUUGCCGACACCAAGAAAGCAGCCAAAUUUCAGCAGGAGGCCCGUAGGGUGAAGUUGAAGAGGAGUGUCCCAGAUUACCCCCAGUCUAACCUGGGUGGAUGGAUCAACAGUGGACACUGUCUGUCAAGAGAUACAUUCAGCGCUACUCAGAGGAGAUACACCUCAGUCCGGCUAAAGGCCUUCCACCCUACAUUGUCUUUCGUCUUCUCUCUCUCUCUUUUCUUCCAUCUUUUUCUCUCUCUCUCUCACACACACACACACACUCUCUCUCCCUCUUUUCCCUCUCUCUCUCUCGUUCUUUUUUUAAGGCAUGCUUCCCCCCACAGCUCCUUUUCCCACUUCAAGGAUUUGUGUCAAUUAGCUUUGGUAGUGUGCUUCCUUAAUAAUCUAGGCGGAGACAGGUGAACGUUAACACUGUGUAAUCAUGUCAAGUAACCUAAAGAUAUUGGUAAACAAAGUAAUAUGAAGAUAAAACGAUGAUUAAAAAAACUACAAUUUCUCACUGCCCUACUGACAGCUAGCAAUCAAAAGGACCCCAAAAGGGCACGCUUUUAUGUUGUUAUUGUAUUAUUGUGUAUUGAAGUUAUUGCAUAAUAUUUCACCCACGCAUUUCAUUUUUAUCCUACAUGUGUAUCGAUGCAUGUACCACCAGGGGGCAUGCCUGUGUCAAACUGUCACAUGCACUCUCUCUAGGAAGGAUGUGUAUAAACCCUGGAUGACUGUCAGGGGGCGCUGUAUUGAAGCCACCGUGCAGCCAUCUUGGUAAUCCUCCUCAAGCGUUAAAAAUAUUUUGGAAGCAAUAGAAAUGGGUUUGUUAAUGUCUACAUUCGUUUUUGACACAUUUUCUUUUUUUAUUAAAUACACUUUAAUGCAUACUUUUAAAUUAUAUUAUGUGAGCUAAACAAUUUUUUUUAUAUGGGGAGAGUACUUAUGUUACUGUCACCACUACAUAAAAACAACAACUUAAAUACAUGUAAUUUUGUCCUUGAAAUACCGUAGAAUUCCAUUCAUUCCUAUGGAGGACUGCGCCUUCAAGGGAAUGCCAAUAUGGCCGACCGGUGGCUUCAAAGCAUUUCAUUGGCCAAUACAUAGCAUCAACAGUCCAGGGUUUAUUUAUGUAAGUAAUUGCUCUAUCCUAUCUAAUAAUAGAUAAGAUAGUAUUUUUGUUGUGAUGUGAGCAAGCAAGCAGUAUCAAGUGAAUAGCCAAUAUAUGUGUUUGUGUCUUCAGUCGCAUACGUUUGUAGUGAUUUUGUAUGCAUUUAUAUGGAAAAUGUUAUCUGAUCAAAAUGUAAGGUCAGAUUUCAGUUUUUGUAGCCUUUCCCGUCUGUUGACAAAGAAUAAUAAAAAAAAAGAUUCGCCCUUU